CUGGUGACGUCACCGCGAGCGUCUAAUCCAGGAUCCUAGAAGUGGAGGUCAGCUGGGAGGAAGAAGCAUGGCAGCUUUGUUGAGGAGGUCUGGCAGUGCCCUGCACAGCUCUAUCAGCAGGCAUGCCCGCCUGGCAGUGGUAUCCAGGUCCAUGGCAUCUAAGACUCCUAUUGGAUUUGUUGGACUUGGAAAUAUGGGCAAUCCAAUGGCAAAAAAUCUGUUGAAGCAUGGUUACCCAGUCAUUGCGUAUGAUGUGUUUCCAGAAGCCUGCAAAGACGUUCAAGACAGCGGCGCACAGAUUGUGGAAUCGCCAUCUGAUGUAGCAGAUAAGGCUGACCGAAUCAUUACCAUGCUGCCCUCAAGCCUGAAUGCAAUUGAUGUCUACACAGGAGCAAAUGGGAUUCUUAAGAAAGUAAAAAAGGGUUCUUUAUUGAUCGAUUCAAGCACCAUUGACCCAGCAGUGUCAAAAGAAUUGGCAAAAGAAGUUGAAAAAAUGGGAGCAGUGUUCAUGGAUGCCCCAGUGUCUGGCGGUGUUGGUGCAGCCAGAUCUGGGAACCUCACAUUUAUGGUUGGUGGCGUUGAACAAGAAUUUGAUGCAGCAAAGGAACUUUUGACUUGUAUGGGAGCCAAUGUGAUCUACUGUGGAGAGAUUGGGACAGGGCAGGCAGCAAAAAUUUGCAACAACAUGCUUUUAGCUAUUGGCAUGAUUGGUACAGCAGAAACAAUGAAUCUUGGAAUCAGAUUAGGGCUUGACCCAAAGCUGUUGGCCAAAAUCCUGAACAUGAGCUCUGGACGUUGCUGGUCAAGCGAUACCUAUAAUCCUGUUCCUGGGGUGAUGGAAGGCGUUCCCUCGGCCAAUAAUUACCAGGGUGGAUUUGGAACGACUCUUAUGGCAAAGGAUCUCGGUUUAGCCCAAGACUCUGCUACAAACACUAAAAGUCCAACCCCGCUGGGAUCCCUCUCGCAUCAGGUGUACAGACUAAUGUGUGCCAAGGGCUAUGCCCAGAAGGACUUCUCUUCUGUCUUCCAGUUUUUACGUGAAGAAGAAAAUGUUUGAGCAUAGCUGUUAUAGAUACAUUUUUUGGGUAAAAUAACUGGUCAAAUUUAAAGGGGUUGGCUCAUCUUAGACAUUGAUGGCCUAUCGCUAGGAUGUGUUAUCCAUGUCGGAUAGCUGUGGGUCACACCUCUUAGACCUGCUCCUAUCUUUAGAACGGGACCACCAAAGUGAAGGAGAGCACACCAUGCAUGGAAGUUCUGAAAAAAGCAGAAUGCAAGCAUGGACACCACUCCAUUCACCUCUAUGGGACUGCCAGAAAUAGCCCAGCAGGCGCACAGCAAUUUUUCUGAACUCCCGUAGCAGUGAACGAAGGGUGGCUGUGGCAUACGCAGGUGCUCUCCGUUCACUUCUAGAGACAGGAACGGGUCCCACUGUUGGGGCCAGCACCUAUCUGACAUUGAUGGCAUAUCCUAGCAAUAUGCCAUCAAUGUCUGAGAUGAGCAAACCCCUUUAAGGUUACUUUUAGGGUCCAUUCACACGUCCGUUUUUUCUUUCCUGAUCUGUACC